CAUGUUAUUUUAUUUUUCUUUCCAUGUCUACCCCAUCUCCCUAAAUGUCUUUCUCUCUUUUUUUUCCCCCACUCCCCCCCAACACAUCCCAGUUCCCAGAUGAAUAUUCUCCUUGGAAUCUAGCAUCAUUCAGCAGGCAAUAUUUGUAAGGAGAAACAUACCAUUUUUGUGUCUGUGGAACUACACUUGGAAAGCCCUGAGAGUUGAUAGCUCUUAUCUUGGUGACCGGGGUCGCCCAUAUGUAACCUUAGGGGUUGUCCAGUUUUUUUGGCAGACCAUUUCUUGUUGAGAUUUCCUGAGCGCUUGUUCUCAUCCUGAGGUCGUGUUGUGCCUGCUUUGCCUGCUAGGUGAUAGAGCUUGCAGUGCUUUGCUGUCCUUGCCCCCUUCAUUAUGCCUAGGAAUUAAGUCAGGGUGGGGGGACCCAGAUCUGCUGGUUCUGAAGCCGAACUGGAGGACAGUCUGUUGUGUUCCGCGUCAGUCGUCAGAAUCCAAGGUCUGACCAGAGAGGCCAUUGGACGAGCAGCGCCACGUGACAGAGGGGUGCCAAUGUUAUUCUUUACGGGUGUCAAGACCCUGUCAGUUUGUGAAAUAAAUAUUGGGAAACAACGAAAUGCAAAAAGCGACCUACUACGACAGCUCUGCGAUCUAUGGUGGAUACCCCUACCAAGGAGCAAAUGGUUUCACUUAUAAUGCAAGUCAGCAGCAAUAUCCCCCUUCCUCAUCACUGGUGGAAAGUGACUAUCAUCGACCUGCCUGCUCGCUGCAGUCACCUGGCGGUACAGUGCCACAUCACAAGGCCAAUGACAUCAACGAAAGUUGUAUGAUAGCUGUGAACAGUCAAUCAAACCAAGCCCCGGUCAUCUCAGAUCAGCAGCAGCCAACACCACCCUCUGUGUCCCCACCUGAAAAUGCCAGUAAUGCAGCCACAACUUCCACCACCAAGGCCACAAACAUCACUUCACCUACCAUGUCAAAGCAUAUUUUCCCUUGGAUGAAAGAAUCUCGGCAGAACAUAAAGCAGAAAGCCACAGGGAGCUCCAGUUCAGGUGAGAGCUGUGCUGGAGACAAAAGCCCUCCGGGGCAAUCCUCUUCAAAAAGGGCCCGCACCGCUUACACAAGCGCCCAGCUUGUUGAACUGGAAAAGGAGUUUCAUUUUAACAGAUACCUGUGCAGACCCAGAAGGGUGGAAAUGGCAAACCUGCUCAACCUCACAGAGAGGCAAAUCAAGAUCUGGUUCCAGAACCGACGUAUGAAAUACAAAAAAGAUCAAAAAGGGAAAUCCAUGAUGACUUCAUCGGGUGGCCCAUCACCGUGCAGGAGCCCUGUACCACAACCUACCAUUGGGGGAUAUCUAAACUCUAUGCAUUCUAUGGUCAACAGUGUCCCUUAUGACCCUCAGUCCCCUCCAGCAUUUAACAAACCCCAUCUAAACGCUUAUGGUGUGCCUGCUCCCUACCCCAGCCCCCAUAACAGCUGCCCACCUCACCAGAAAAGAUACACGGGGACUGCUGCUGUUACCCCAGAAUAUGAUCCCCAUGCACUCCAAGGCAGCGGUGGCUAUGGCAAUCCUCAUGUACAGGGAAGCCCCGUUUAUGUAGGGGGCAAUUAUGUGGAAUCCAUGACUAAUUCAGGGCCCUCCAUGUUUGGUCUUACUCAUCUGUCUCAUUCCUCCUCCAAUAUGGACUACAGUGGACCUGGACCAAUGAACAGUACUCACCACCAUGGACCUUGUGAUACACACCCCACAUAUACAGAUUUAUCUUCUCACCACAGUUCUCAGGGAAGAAUUCAGGAAGCACCCAAGCUGACACAUUUGUAAUGGACACAAAUACUUGUAGGGAAUCAACUACAUUUUUUUUAUUUCUUUUUAUUUUCUUUUUUACCUUUAAUGACAGUGACUCCCUCGUCCUAUAUAUUUUUCUGGGGCAGCAAUAUUAAUUGCAUUUUUUCUUUUUGCAUAGUACAUAUCGCCCUUCAUGAUCUUUACUUGGAGCAGAUUUAUUUGUAUUUUAUUCUACACUUUUAUCAAACAGGGUAUAAGAACAAAUUUUUUUUAUGAAAAAAAAAAAUUCUUAAAUGUGAAUUUGUUCGUACAUUUCUUAUCCCGCAGGGAAUCAGAUUAAAUUAUUAUUGCACUUCUCUAAAAUUGCUAGGCAAAUAUAAAAAAAAAUCUCUUGAACAGGGUCUGUCUGGAUCAUAAUACUUGUUAUUCAUUCAAUUGUGUGUAUGCUGGUGCAUAUACUGUAUACCGGUUAAUUUAUUAUUUUUGUUAUGCAAGCAAAAAUAUUCAAACUGUUUACAUAUUAUUUAUCCAUAUUUCAUAUUUAUAAACAAUAUUCGCCCUAAACAUCAAGGUCGCCCUAAGGACCUUUUUGUUGGAUGGGUUAGUGGCACAGGGAGCUAUGUUUAAAUCAGAUACAUUUUCUUUAAAGAUGCAAUAAAAUCUUAGAGAAAAAAAAA